ACUAGGUAGCGUAGAUAUCAUUAUGGGAGAAGUUGAUCAUUGAAAUGAUAAUUGAUACAACAGAAAUAGAGACUAUCAAUUCUUUUUCCAAAUUGGAAUCCUUAAAAGAAGUCUAUGGGAUCAUAUGGAUGCUUGUCCCUAUUGUGACUCUUGUAUUAGGAAUCACAAUAGGUGUACUAGUAAUUGUUUGGUUAGAAAGAGAAAUAUCUGCAGGAAUACAACAACGUAUCGGGCCUGAAUAUGCCGGCCCUUUAGGAAUUCUUCAAGCUCUAGCAGAUGGGACAAAACUACUUUUGAAAGAGAACCUUAUUCCAUCUACAGGAGAUACUCGUUUAUUCAGUAUUGGGCCAUCCAUAGCAGUAAUAUCUAUCUUUCUAAGUUAUUCAGUAAUUCCUUUUGGUGAUCACCUUGUUCUAGCCGAUCUUAGUAUUGGUGUUUUUUUUUGGAUUGCCAUUUCAAGUAUUGCUCCCGUUGGACUUCUUAUGUCGGGGUAUGGAUCAAAUAAUAAAUAUUCCUUUUUAGGUGGUCUACGGGCAGCUGCUCAAUCAAUUAGUUAUGAAAUACCAUUAGCUCUAUGUGUGUUAUCAAUAUCUCUACGUGUGAUUCGGUGAGACCUAAAAUUUAUCAAAAUUCUUUUCUUUCUAGAAACAAGGAUAAAAAGAUUUGAUUGACUAUAUAUAUUUUGAUUUUUCUUCAGCAUUUGAGUUGAUGAACUAAACCAGAUAGUUAUAUGAGUGAAAGAAAACGGCUUCUAAAUUUGCAGUAAAAAAGUUGAGUCUCAUUUCCUAUGUACAAGAAUCAAAUGGUGAAAAAAGUAAACAUAAGCAAGAGAGAUUGUUUACCCCAAGAUUCGUGAAUUGUCAUGAUAGCUUGAAGCGGGUUCAAAAGACCAACUCUAUGGAGUUUUUACUGUCUAUUACCAUAGAUGGAUUUCCACAACGGGAGGUUUUUGAAACAAAAAAUGAGUGGAUGGUUAGGAAGACCAAGAUACACAAAGGAUUAGUAAUUGAGAUUAUGUAAGUUAUCCAAGAGGAUAUUUCUGUACAUAAAAGGAAUUCAAAUUGGGGCUUUACGUUCGUAGAAAUGAUCAAGAAGUACUCCCCAUGAUUCUGAUCCAGAGUAUGUUCCUAUCCACUGAGUAAGUAACUAACUAUCAAGAACGAAGUAAUCUUUUACUUUGGUUAAAGGCCCUUUUUCUGAGAAAGGAGAAUAGGAAUGAAAUAAAAAAAUCGAAAUAGAAAGAAAAGAAUCUAAUUGCAAAAGCAAAAAGGAGGGAUGUCUUUUUUUUUUCUUCCUUUUUUCUUUUUUUGUUUUUAUUCUUUCUUUCCUAUAAUUCAAUUUUGAUUUCUAUUUAGAGAGAUAAAAUUUUUGUCAUGAUUCAUGAACUAAUGUACUCUCUAAUUUUUUUCGUAAUUGAAAAUUCGAGGUUGAAAUGUAUAU